AUGAAGAACCUCUUCUACUAUAACCUCAAGAUCAAGUUCAUAAGUCCAACUCCUGCUGUGCUACCGAAGAAUGCAAAGCCAAGGGAUGUAGUGGACUUGGAGCUUGUGACGACUGACACACCAUUGCACCUGGGAAAGAAGACCAAAGCCCAACUAUUCGAUGUUGUGAGACCUAUCAUCUAUAAUUCAACCUUUGGAUACCCCUACAUUCGAAACCCAGAUCAAGUUCAUGGCAAUGUAUGCGUCUGCUGCUCAGACAAGCAAGAGGAAAUCCUGAACUUUGUUGAUCUGGUCCGGAAGAGUGGGGCCGUUGCUUUGAUCGUUCUAGAGCAGCCCAAGCGUGAUAGCAACAUUCCGACCUUCUGCCUUGGCAGAGACGUUGUUUGCAAGCUUGCCAGAUGGGCUGUUGCCUCUGUUUGUAUUGAAGAAGUAGAAGGGCCCAUAAGCAAGGAGAAUGCGCAUACCGGUACGGUAGAGACAAGACAGUUUCAUCUACAUGGCGCGGAAGUUUCCCUCAAGGAGCCAAGAAAAGAAGGUGGCCGAAGUUCGUCAAGGAGCACCCUAACCAAGAGUGGUGGCCCAUUGGAAGCGGAUCAGAGAGCGACAAGCCGACCAUCGUACAGAGACAUGGCGAGUGGUACCCCAGCAAAAUUUGACAGAGGCGACUUGGAUCAUCGCUACAGUGACCCACCUCCAGUGGAGAGAGACGAAAGGGGGCAAACAAGUGGCGGAACUUGGUAUUCAGGAAUUGUGAAUGCAGGUGCUGGCAUGGUGAAUGCAGGUGCUGACAUUGUGAAGAGUUUUGUCUCUAGGGAGCCGGAUCUCAUUCGCAUUCUAAACGACAAAGGGUGGGCACACCAUUCUGGGUUCAAGAGUUAUAAGGAAGGCCUUCGCUCAGUCCGAGCAAAAGGAGACGACAACGAAACAAUUGUGCACGUGGUCUCGUUUUUGGGUUCGAUCACUCCGACUCCAUUGAAGCUGACUGUUUGCAUGGAGCUUUGGAUGACUGCUGAGACGCCUAGCGAAGCCCUCUUCGAUGCCAUUGUGGUGGCCAUGUCAAGGUGGGGGCUCGAAUCCAAGAAAGCUACUAGUCUUGCCAAGAAACAGAGGUCUUUCGCACAUCGCCAGGAGCCACAUAUUAUAUACUCUCGCUUUUUUGAAGCCAUGUUGGACGAAUUCCUUCACCGCGGUGGUAAGCAGGCUGUGCAUGCUGUUCUUGGCGGGGAAGCUGCGGUUGGGAUGUUCUGGUCGCGCGCAUUAUUCUAUUGGUAUGAUUCUGGUGCUAUGGACACCGCAAACAUCAAUUGGCCAGUUUGGUGGAAACUGCAAGGUGUAGUGGAAGGCUCUUACUUUGCGAGUGAACAGGAAGAGUUCGUGAGCUUGGUUGGCUUGCGGCGAUUCCAAACCACAUUACUCUUUCUUGAAAGAUCGGUCUCAGAUGUACAUGACGUAUUUUCAGUGCUUGAAAGGGAUUCGGAACGAACAGCUGUGGUCUUAGAGCCGCUGGUUGGGAGCUUGAUAAUAGCCUACAUGGAGUCGGAGGUUCGAGAAUAUUGGAGUGGCGUUGACAGCACUCUCGAAUGGAGGAAAGCCUUUGCCGUAGUCUCUGCAUGUCGCUUUCGCAACGAACACGACGUAAAAGCAGUGGUGUCCAAGCUGGCUGGGCUGGGAUGCUCGAACUUGGCCGGACUGGGAUCCUAUCACCAGCGAGGAUCCUUCUCGUUCUACCCCUUGAUUGCCGCCGGAAGCAAGGGUACAUCGCUUGCGAAGGUGACGACGGAUGCGCUUUGUGAUUGUCUCGACAAGGACCUUGCUUGCUAUAAAGAGUCUUUGGUCGACGAUGUCAUAGAGCUCUUGAGAGAGGAGGCUUGGAGAGACUUAUUGCAAGGAAGGGCGUUGUGGAUUGUGUUGCACUUUGUCAGAACCACAGUUCAAGCAAGAUCCGCUUCUUUCGGGAAGAAGCUAGGUCUGCUCGCGACCGUUCAUCGCGAGCUUGCUAGCGGAAGGCAUGGUGCGUUUAAGGAUGAUCAAAGCUGUGAGAAGUGGGUCAACGAGCAUCUUGUGAAAGCCUUGAAUGGGCAUCCUUGCGCUGAAAAGCUUUCUCAAUCAUCGAGGGUAGCGCUUCAAAGCAGAAAUGCUUUUGCCUCCGAAAGCUGGGCCUCUUCAGAUUUCCCUCGCCAUGUAGCCGAUUGCAUCGUCGCAUCCCUGGAAGGUCACGAACUUGUGAGGAACAUCAGGACGAUCAAGGGUGCGAUAGAAAGUCUAGCCACGAGUGUGGAAAAGACACAGUUUCAGUCCAGCCUCGAACGCUCCCUGUGUGAAGCAAUUGUGAACGAGUGCUCCUCGAUCGAGACUGCCACUUCUGUGCUGUCGCAGCUUGUCUUCACUCGAGAUUCGACUUUCAUCUCUGAAGGACUUGGAGAUCGUGUGUUUGCGGAGAGCUUUGAGGCGUGGAAACCAGCUUCGCUUGCCGCCUUCAGAUUGGACAGUCCCUCUGUUGUGGAUUUUUGCUCUGCGUGCCUCGACCUUGGGGAUGGAGAACCUAUGAUGCGCCCAUUCAGAGAAGUGCUAUUCCGCCUAUUUUUUGACUGGCUUGACUUGUACGAAACGGAAGGGAUUCCUUUAGAAGACCUCAAGAAUGGUGCCAGGUACUCCAAGACACGCCUUUGGGAAGUCGUCCAAAGAAAACUGUUUUCCCAGCUGCCAUCCACAUCCAGCAUUGAGCUGAAGAUACAUGAAUUCGAAGGCCUCCUAGCAUCAACCAAAUCGUCAUUAUCCGAACCUUCUACCUGGAACUGCUCUCUCCCAGAUCUGCUGAAUGCCUACAACUGCUCCAUCUCCCCAGAAUCUGAGUCUGGCCGCAUCAUACUGAGCUAUUGCGCCGGAUUCGGCGACGAGGCUACAGAGUCGUUCGGGAAUGCCACUACGGAGACUGCGCAUACUUUGAGCCAGCUCCGAGAGGAUGCUAGAUGUGCUGAAUCGAUUCGAUCCGCGUUCUGGCCUAGCCUUUCAACUUGUAGCUUCUUUCUUCAAAACAAGUCAGCCAUAUUUGAACGAGCCUUCGGGGCACAUUGGGAAGGAAACGGAGACUUGGACCGUCUCAAGGAGUCCGUCAAGGCGGCCUUGAGUGAAGUAAAGGCUCUAUUUGGACCCGACUGUAGUUUUGUUGAAUACAAUGGUAUUUGCUCCGCAAUCGAGGCUUCUCAGUCAUCGACGAUCGAGGAAGAAGUAUCGGUCUUGGCCCAGUUCAAGGAACUUGAGUUGUCAGAUCAGUGCAUUUCGCGGUUUCUUGCAUGUGGUACAAUGAAUUCGAUCUCGGUUCACCUUUCCGCAUUCCUUAACUUUUGCGACCAAGUGAAGUUUGAGGUUGUCCACGACACGGCAUUUUCGGAAGUCAAGUCCAUCGAAGCGGCGCUGCAGUCCAAUUCUCUUACAGUUCGGAUGGCUCAAGACUUGUGUAUGCGACUUCAUGCUGCGUUGAAACCAGAGACUGCUGGCGACGACGUUUCGGUCAACACCUUGACGUCAGACUUGCAUCAAUUCGAAAACGUUUUCUGCUGUCUUGGUAGUUUCAGCCGUCACAUUGAGGUUUGGGUCUUUCUGCGGGACAUGGACUGGUUUGGCAAGGCGGGGCUUCAGCGUUUUUACAAAGAGCAUGAGAACGUAACCAAUGUUUUGCUUGGUAAUGUCUCAAAUGAACACUACUUGAAUGUUCUGAGUGCGCUUGAACCGACAGUUCGAGUGUUGUCUGCUCUGGGAGGUUUGCAAGCAGAAGGCAGUUUGCUGCAGUUGCUUAAACGUAUUUCGGGAUCCUCGGACAUAAAUCGCUGGAUUGGUGGGGCUGCAAAAGAUAACAUCGAACAGGUGCAAGAGUCCUUGUCACUGAUUCGGCGUUGGUUCUGCGAAGGAGCGGAUGACAUCGCCGGCCUCAACAGUGUCUUUGAAGCAAUCCAGGCGAACGGUGCGUACUCUUUGUCUUCCACUUCUGGCAUCUCACUUCAACUGGGCUAUACAUCCGACGGGAUGAGAGAGAUGACCAACGUUGAUGGGAGUGAGCUUGAAGAAUUUAUUGGACAAAUUGAAAGGAUCAAAAGAAAUGAGUCGGCCGAAGUUGAAGCAGUUGAAUGCCUGCUCGAACAACAUCGCAUGUUGCAGGCGGCUGUGAGCAAUUUGAUGGACAGCGAUCUGGUCGGGUAUCCAAUCGGUGAUCUGCUGGCAUUUAGCUGUCGAGUGGGUGAAGAAUUCCUUGCACAAGCCUGCGAUUUUCUGCAACGCAGCCAAGAAUGCAAGGAGGAGAAAGAUUCCUGGCUUCAAUCUUCCAGAAACAACUACCCAAUAUCCCUCUUGUUCUGGACGGAGGAGCUGAAGGAAAUCAACACCAUGUUGGAAGUGGGACCAAGCGACGAGACUGUGAUUGAACGCCUCUUUGCGAUGCUUUCCAGGAUUGAUCCAAAGUCAACGCAUCUAUCAAAUGACAGUGUUCGGGAACUAGUUGAGCAGCACUCCUCGGCGAUGGAGAACUCACUCGAAGAGGAAGGGUGGCUUGUCAAAGCAUCAAGUUUUCUCGAGCGCGCAAGUCGAUUUGCCGGGGCUUCGUUCCAGGACAAAAGCAACAUUGAAGGAACAUUGCAACUUCACAAGGUUUCAUGUGGAAUCGAACAAGAGAGAAAAUGCAUCCUCGCAGUUUUGGAGCACGUUUAUAAGGAUCGCCUACCUUAUGAGUUCGAGAUUCUCGAUGCCCUCGAUGGCUGUUCAGAAGAUGAGUUGGGCCUGUUUCUGAAGCGAUCAUCAAUGUUCCCAUGCAACGUCUUCUGUAUUGUCAAUGUCGACAAGUUGUCUGGGAGGAGAAUCGAGAAGCUGCUCGACUUCCUCUCAGAUCAGGAUAUCAAAUUCCCGAAGCUUCAACUCCAUUGCAUUCAAAGCAGCCCAACAAUUCUCGAUGCUUCAAGUACUGUUCAGGGCAAGGACUGGGACGAGAGCAUUUUCAACUUUGGACCCAAUCGAUGGAAGAAUCUUAUUGUCGAUGACAAACGCAUAACGAAGGUCCACAUGGUUGUGAGCGAGGCAUGCGGCGCUGGUAAAACAAUGUUCAUUCGCAAUGAGUUGGAUCGACUUUCACCAGAUUGUGAAGUGGGUGCGAUUACAAUUCACGAACGGAGCUCGGUGGAUUCGCUGGCCGAUGAUGUUAUGGCAACUUUCACAGAAACUGUGAAGCAGAAAGGAUUGCACAUUUCUUUCAUGUGCAUGCCAUCACUUGAGGACAGUGCAAAGCGCAAGAGGUGGUUUGAUGACAUUAAUUCCUUCUUCUAUUCUCUUCUUGUGAAAGGCGCACUGCGAAGUCGUGCCUCCUCCAGAUCAUUUCAGCUGGGCACAUGCAGUUGGAUUCUUUAUGUGGAACUCCCAUUCAACGCAAAGUCAGGUGGAUCUGCUAUUGAGUCCGCGAAAUACUGGCUCCAUAGGCAUGUGCCAAUUCUGGCAAUGAGCUGCGAAGUUAUUGUGCCGGAAUCAAAGUUGAUAAUUGACGAAGAAACAAGGCGUGUGUGUACAUACCUGCGGGCUUACGAAGAUGGAUCUAUUGACCGAAAGUUUCAAAGCCAAAAGAAAAGGGUCGCCUUUGUCCUUGACAAUUCGGGCAGCAUGGGUGAUACGGUUGGAAGUGGCCAGACAGCUCUUAGUGCUGCCGUGGACUGUGCAUUGCAAAUAUUUGAUAGCCACCUGAACCAAAAUGAUUUGAUUGGGGCCACGUUGUUCUCUGACCAUGUUAGAACAAUAGUGCCAAUGCAGGAUGUUGGGGAUAGCAAUCACAAAUCCUUUCUACGGAAUUCAUUGCAUAGCUGUCGCAGUCAAAUCGAAGGUGGUACCUACAUGUAUCGCGCCUUACAGCAAACAUUGAUUGACUGUGAACGAACUCCUGGCGUCGAGACAUGGAUCAUCUGUUUGACUGAUGGAUGUUCAAGUGACACUGAUUCUGCCUUCCGCCCACUACUUGAGAGGUCAUCAGACAACCUAAACGUAAUCUUGAUUGGGGUGAAUCUGCCCUCUAGCUACCAAUCCCAGAUGACCCUUCUUUGUAACAAAUAUCGAGGUCCAGCGGAAGAACCAAGCAAGGGGAUAUACAUCUCAUCUCGAGCAAGCGUUGAGUCCCUUGCUGAGGCAUUUGAAACAGCCGCCAAUUGCAUUCCUGUUUCACAGACCUUUGAGCUGGAUGGACAAGUCAGCAACAGUGAAUGCUGGCGACUAAUCAAGAAAUAUGCCCCACAAUCGAUUCCGGAAGGAAGCAUGCAGCAAUUCUCCUUCUGGGUAAGGUUCAUCUACAGGCGAGUUUCCAUUCUUGACAAAAACGACGAGUUCAACUUCAACAACAAGUUUGAGCGCCUUGGAAGCAGUUUGAUGGAAAUCAUGUUAAUGGAAUCUGAAAGAAUCCUAGGGCAAGAUCUUGCUUUUGAUUGGAUCAACACAAACUAUACUCAGCUCAUUUAUGACUUUGAAGAUCCGGAAUCACCCAAAUUUAGGCUACUCUGCACAUCACCUGGAAACCUGGAUCCUGCAGUCCGGCAAAGAUAUGAUGAGCUUACCCUUCCAGGCUUCUUUGUUCCAACAGAAUCAGAGUUGAGCAGUCAGAGAGUUCUCUGUGACUACCUAUCACAGGCCUUGGACAUCCCUGUGGGUGGGCGUGAUUGUCUUGCUUGUGUUGAAAAGGAACGGUUUGUCUUGACCCUAGAUUUUGCAUUGAAGAUGCUGUGCUUGGAGGAAAGAGUGGCCUGUGGCAUUCCAGUAAUCAUGGAGGGAGAAACUGGAGUGUCCAAGACUGCGUUGACCAAGAUGUAUUCGAAACUGAAGAACUUGUCCAAUUCAUUGCGGGCAAAAGACCUGACCAAUGUGGAUCUGAAAGCCAUCGAGGAGGAGGCGGAACAGAGGGGGCAAAGUUUGGGGAUGGGUGACAGUCCUCUAGCGAGGUUGGAAAGAUCACUUGAAUGUGCGGCAGAGCGUUCGCGAGAGGACACAACCGAAUUGUCGGAGCUUCUGUACACUUUACUUACUGAGAAGGUUGAGCAGAGACCAGCCAUCUUUCAAAGCAAGCCUGACAAAUUUGACUCUGGCCAGACUCGAAAAGUGCUUGAAAUGCUGAAGUGGUUUGGCUCGUCUGUUGUGGAGCCGACAUUCUUUGGUAUCAAUGUGGAUUCCACGAUGCGUGCUGCUGAUGUUUCAAGCUUGCUUGACCCCAUUCGCCAAGUCGCAAGAAAGCUUAAAGGAGAGAAAUCCACUGUGAUUGUAUUUUUUGAUGAGAUCAACACCUCUUCUGUGCUGGGUCUUUUAAAGGAAGUUGUGGUGGAUCGAAGCCUUAAUGGUGAACCAUUGGAAGCGAACAUAGUGGCUGUUGCUGCGUGCAACCCCGUGCGCUCAUCUCUCCAACGCCGGACAUGGGCAAGUGGGCAUUACCAGGUUGUGGCUCUCCCUCCAUCAAUGGAAUUCCUGAAAUGGUGUUUUGGGUCUUUGAAUGCUACACAAGAAGAACAGUUCAUAGCCUGUCGUCUUGGAAUGAUGGGCCGGAAUAUGGUUCCUCCAGCUCUUUGCUUGGCGUUCACCAGUUUGAUUGCAGCUUCACAGAGGACGGUGCGUCGACUGGCCGAAUCAGACUUGUUGAAGGGUGUGGAAAGAGAUCAGUCCAGGAUAUUGGAAGCAAAGCAAAGGGCUUCUUCAGUUGUCUCCCUUCGUGACAUCCAACGGGUUUUUACGCUGUGGGACUUCAUCUCUUCAAAGUUUGAGUCUCUUGGGCUCACAUCUUCUUCUCAUGUUAUACGGCAACGGAGGGGAAUGCUCCUUGCUGUGGCUAUUGUGUACUUUGUGCGCUUGGAUUGUGCAGGCCGAUGUGAGCUACUAAGUGUUAUCCGAGGAUUGCCUGGUGAAGAGCUUGAAGAAAGUCUUGAGGAUGUUCUUGAUGUGGCCAUCGAAGCAGUUCUCUCGAAUACUGUUGUACCUGAAGGUAUUGCACCCACCAGAAGCCUUGCAGAGAAUAUCUUCAUGACUCUCGUUUGUACCCUUUCCCGAGUUCCUCUUCUAAUUGUUGGGCUUCCUGGUACAGCAAAAACACUCAGUGUGAAUAUGUUGGCGGACACAGCCUGUGGUGAGGACAGUGCCAACCCUUUCUUCAGGGAGUUUGCACGUGUUUGCUUGUUUCACUACCAGUGUAGUAGAGAAUCAACAGACAAAGAAAUCGCGGCCGUCUUCCAAAGAGCAAGUCAGCGACAGCAGAAAGUUGACCGUGCAAAACAGUGCUGUGUUGUCUUCAUGGAUGAGGCAAGUUUGCCUAAGGAAGAAAGGGAGAGUCAUAAAGUUUUGCACUACACAUUGGAAGGAGACUCUCGUGUUGAUGUUGGCUUUGUUGCAAUUGCCAACCAUAUCCUUGAUGCAGCCAAGAGUAACCGGUGUGUGGUUCUGCUGCGCCCCAAGCCAAAUGACAAGGAAAUGGCCACAAUUGUCAGUGGUUUGCUAUUUGAUAGGGCUUGUGAUGGCACAAUCCUGACACGUGAAGUGGAGCUUGGCAAUAGCAUUAUGAUGGCAGAUUCAUUUGCACUAGAGCUCACUUGCCAAUGGACCAGCCUAUCGGAAAGCGUUUUCUCUUCUUCGCAACCAAGUCCGCACAGCUCCAAUGGCCUGCCUGUCAAUGCAAGAGCCCACAUGAUGGAAGAGGCAGAAGUGGAAACAUUUUUUGGCUUGCGAGACUUCAUUUAUUUCCUAAAGGCAUUGAAGUCAACAACAACAUCUCGGACAUUGACACGGAUUCAAAUUCCGGUGGAGUCUUUUGUUCAGUCACUUGAGCGAAACUUCUCAGGUCUGGGACAAGCCAAAACGAGGAAGAUUGUCUCAUUCUUCCUACAACCAUUCUCUGAUUCAUUGGGCUUGGGACAGGAUGUUGUUGAUUUCCUUCGAUCCCCAAUGGAGAUUCUUGGUGACUCCUUGCUACACAACCGGGCAUGCUUAGAUCAAAAGGAACGGGCUCGGUUCACCAUGAUCAUUGAUAGCUCUGAGGAUGAUUCCAUCAUGCGCCUUUUGGGAAUGACUGGUCUGGUUGAUUCAACCAAGGGAAGCUUGUUCAAGGCUUCUCACAUGCCAGAGGACUCCUCGUCAGAGAAGCUUCGUUUGAUCUCUGGAGUGAAAUUCGCAGCAGCCCAAGGAGGUUUGGCUCUGUUAAGCCAAACAGAAUCUGUGAAUGAAUCCUUUUAUGACCUUACAAACCAGAAUUUUCGGGUGGUAGCUGGCCGAGAUGGAGUCUCUCUAUUCACAAAUAUUGCGGUUGGUGGGGAAUCAAGAAGAAGCAAAGUUAACCCCGACUUUGAAUGCAUCGUGCAUGUGAGAAGCUCCAAAGUUUGUGAAUUGCCCAGUCCUUUCUUGAACAGAUUUGAAAAAUGCCGGCUGGAUAUCAAGGAUUUUUUGUUGGAUGGGUUAUCAAAGCUUGGGCCAGGCAUGGCAGGUGUAAUGCAAAGAGCACGGAAGCAGACCCUGCUCCUGCUAAGCCCGCUGAUCGAGGAAGAGGGAUUGUUUGGAUGGGCAAACAAUGAUCGGACGCUUGACAGCAUUUUUGUUGAUAUGCUCCCAUCUUGGUCCUUGUCUCAUGGUGCAACAGCACCACAAUUUGUGGUUGGCAGAGCAGAAUCAUUCUCAUCAACCCUGGCACAAUUUGUAUCAACAAUGACUUCAUUAAGUGUGGAAGCUGGUGACAUGAGGACAAUUUGUGAACAAGCUCUUGAAGUCCUACCAGCUGAGGCCGAGGGCCUAUUGAAACAGUUUGUGGAUGUCACUGUUGAGACAGGUGGCUUAAUUGAGCAAGCACUCAACAAGCUAAUGUCAGUGCCAUUGGAUGACAAUUUAGGCAAGCUUUGCCAGGGCCUUGUCCAGAUUGUAAUCACACAAUAUGCUGUUGCGACCUUGAUGCGACUUGCAAAGCCAGAGAUUGUGUUUGCACUACAAGACAGGCUUCAUCCCGACAUAGUCCAGAUGAAUCUCAAACAGCCAUCUUCCUUGAAGUGUCUGGUUGAAAGGGAGCUGAAUAGUCUCGCAAACUGCCCCAAAUCAAAGAUGGUAGUCGCCUACACCAGGACUGAUGUUUUCAACCUCUGCAUGCCAACACUAUCACCAAAUGAAGACCCAAGCAAGCUAGAGAAGGCAAAAGCUGAGGAAAUUUCCACUCUUGUUUCAGAUAGAGUUGAAGAGCUUGUUAUUGAGCGUCUGGACUUGCUGCGGAGUGAAGCAAGGCUAAGAAGCUCAUUGGUUGCUUGGAUUCAACAGCCCAGAAAAAGUGCCUACAUACUCUUUGUUGACAUGAAGGACAGCAGGUCUACAGAAAGAUGCAACUAUGUCAGGAUGUGUGUUGAAGCGAACCUCUCCUCCGCCAAGGGCAAGCUUUUUCUUCUAGUCCUCCAUUAUCCCCCCUUGGUGUCAAAUUCAUGGUACCCCGCUCUUCCCCUGGGUGGUUGGAGCCACUACUUCAUUGACGGAAUUGGUCAGAUGGGGCCUGAAAUUGGCACCAAUGGUUGGCUGACAAUUGUCUGCUCUGGUCAGGAGGGAGCAAAUGAUUUACACAAACAACUGCUGGGCUUCUUGAAACAACUACUGCCUUCAGCCUUGUUGCAGGUUGGUUGUCAGCAGAUUCUCCAUCCCACACAGAUUCACAACGUUGAUGCUGAAGGAGACAUGUUUGCCUCCCAGGUCAAUGCUUUGCUGGAGGUCACAAACCAUAGAGUUGGCCAGCUUACAGUUGGGGAUAUCCUCUGUAGCAAAUUUGCAAGAGAAUGGCUUCUGGAUGGACUUCCCAAAGUGGCAUGUGCUGCUUCCCAGGGUCUCAUGCAAGGGACAACUCAACUAUCUAUGGGAGCAUCCAUACAGAGCUCUGUCUCAAGAGCAUUUCUGGCAUACAUACACUGGAGUCUGUGCAAAAUGAAUCAAGAUCAGAAUCUUUCGGUCCUCACAGGCCCCAAUAGAUGCUCAAAGGAUGUUGAAGAAUUGUUUGGCUUUGUUUUGGAGCGCUUGCCAACAGUUGGCACAGGUGAGAUUUUCAUGCACCAGGAAGUAUCAAGUCGCGAACCAGCAAGUGGGAAGAACCUGCUGGUAAAGGCUAGAUUCCCUUUCUUCUCCAUGAUAUCAUCGUGCAUUGACGAGUGUCUUGAGAUGAGUGAGAUGGAGUUGACAGAAAACAGCAACAGCACAGGGACUACUCGAGUGCCCAGUGAUCAUUGCACAAAAGAUUUGUUUGACACAGCCAUGAACCUGCUUGGGAAUGGCACCAGGGAAUUAGCGGAUCGGCAGAUUGAUUCCCAUCGUCUGGACUUGCUGGCCAAUGUGGUGAAGCUGGUUCAAGAAGCUUGCCCUACAGAGGACAGUGAUGUCUUCCAGUUGUACAUGGAGCACUUUGUGAAACAUACAACAGGAUGUGAAGCUACUGAGGUUGCACUGGAGUGGCUAAGGGAAGAACUAAUGAAGGUUGGUGCCAAGAGGAAUCUUGUUGGGCUGCACUGUGUUCUUCGCACCAAUGAGACCCGAGUGUUCUUCCUGAGGUUCACAUCAUGGUCGGCUGCACUGGCAACAAAACAAGGCAAUCUUGAUAGAACACAACUGAUACAAUCCAUACGUGCACAAGAUAGAUCUGUUUCGAUGCAGCUUGUUACCAUCAUGUUGAAGCAUUUUGAGGAGACUUUGCCAAGCAUCCUGGAGCCAGAUUCAACCUGGAGCAUCCAGCUUUCAUCCUUCCUUUCACAAGUUGUCAUGGGACUUGUGGACCAAUCCAUUUUGUCUUCAGGAGACACAGGAGCUCACAUUCGAAUCCUCGUUGGUUUCCUUGUCUUCACCAGGGUGCCGGUACCAGAAGACAUGCUACGUUCAAGUCUUGCUCAGUGGUAUGAUGACAAAAACAAGGUAUUCCGAGAGGAGGCAAAAAACAUCUCUCUUUCGGACUUCUUGGCCUUUAUGGGCGGUCACCAAAAGACACGAGAGUCUCUACUUUGGGGCAUCUUCUGCCCUGAUUUGAUGAAAGCUAUGCCAGACUACUUGGAUCAAGACCUGUGUGCAUUGGCAGGAAUUAUCAAUGAUGGCGAUAUGCCAAGCAAAGAAUCUCACUUUUCCUCAUCUUUGCUGCAAAGGGCUUGCUCAAACAGUGGUGGGAUUGAUUGGUUUGGAUUAUCCAAGCAAGCCCUGACCAGUAUCAGUUCUCUACUCCAGUGUAAAAAGCUGAGGGAGUUUACUGAAACAGGAGUGAGAGUGACUGUUCCUCACUUCAUCCCCUCGUGGCUUCUUGCCUCAUCAUCCGAAUCAUUGCAUCAUGGUUCUGCAAGGCUUAUUUCAGAUGAUGAGAUGUACUAUCCAGAGUUCUUCUCGUCAUAUGAGCACUGUUUUGAUGGGAACUUUUCAGUGGUAGUGUUUGACAUGAUCUUGCGUAUCCAGUUGAAAGCAGCCGGCAAAAUGCCAUCCUCAGAUCUUCUCCAGUUGCUGAUGAAGGGUAUAGAAUUGGAGACAACUGUUCAUCCUACAAAGCCUGAAGACCAACUGGCAGGGUCCGCAAUUAGUGCUCUGGCUCUGGAUUCCCAAAUGCUGUGCUUUGUAGCCAAGGUUGCCCAAGAGCUUGUGGAAUAUGGAGAAGCUGCAGCACUGACCAGUACACAUGGACAAAUUGGGGUUACGAUGCUGGACCAGGUAAUGCACCUUCCUCACACAAGAUACAAGUCAUUCUUCCUAGCAUUGAUCAAGCAUCACAGUGGGGCAAAUUCAUUGGCCUCACUAGUGGCACCAGGAGGUCAACUCAACAUGUUCCCAUGGUGUCAAGAACUAGCAACACGGGAUGAGGUUGCCGAUUUUGAGUUGCCUACACUACAAUUCUUCAUCCAGCAAGAGCCUGAUGUACAACCACCGGCCCCAGCAGCAAUUGUCAUGAAAUCAGGGGAUGCGUCUGUUAGUCAGACUCGCUACAUACAAAUUCUUCUGGAUGGGUCAAGUCUCCUGGAGGAAUUAUCCCUCCUACCAGAUCUCAUUGAGUUCUAUCUCUGGGUACAUGACAACUUCAAGCAUCAAGUCACAAGGAAUGAUGCCCGUUCAAGCAUAAUAGGGGACAUAAUGAGACGAGACAACCUUCUCAAACGUUUUGAAAAGAUGCAGGCAUUGCGUCUUGUUUGCCUUUGGGAACGGCUGUCAAGGAAGGUGGACAAGGUGCUUCAAACUUCCAAAAUUUCUUGGAAUUGCAAUGAGUUUGCAUUCAACACUUUGAGUGAUGCGACUGUCAUGGAGCUUGUGAGUGAUGGCAAUCUAGACGAACCUGGCAAUGAUUUCCUCUUCCGGGUGAUCAGGAGCAUUAUUGUCAAGUACAAUGCAUUAGUGACCCGUGUCCAUGAGCUUCAAGACAAGGAAGGAAAGAGGGCCUGUGAAAGGGAAAUCAUCCUGCCCAAUACCAUCUUGACAGGGUGUGUUGGUUCUCUAGCAGUGAAUUUGCUGCCUUUGCUCCCAAUGCCCGAGCUUGAGUUAGUUGCAAGUGCUUCAUGGCAUAACGGCACCAAGACUUUCAAUCUGGAGUCUUUUGAGAGUCUCUUGGCAUUGUCAACAAUCGACACUGACCGACCCAGGUGCAUAUUGGACCCCGUGAUCCACCUGCGGGAACGAUUCUUCUUUCAUGGUGAAAGACACCAUGAAAAGCAUAGCAAUGAAGUGGAGCUGGUGCUGGAUGACUCUGGGAUCUUUUAUGCCCGAGAGCAAGAUUUUCGAUUGGUCAGGAGGGCAAAGGAGACCAUGGACCACCUCGGUAUGGCAGCAAGAGACAAGGGUGUUGAAGGGCUCCUCAAAAUGAAGUUCCAAAGUCUUGACAGCCACCGAGCUGUCUCUUCCAUGCUUACAGCGCUUUGCGCAUUGUUUGAAAUCCUUGCCUCAAAGGGUUCCUGUCAAUUUUUCUGUCUGGCAGAGGCGCUGGCCCGUGUACGCUUGACUAUGGACAUGGCCAAGCUGACGGAAAAGCUCGGUUUCCCAGAGUUGGAUUCUGCCCAAUGGAAGUUUCUGAGGGCUUUGAAUCGAGAGCAAAUUGCAGAGCUGGUCCAUUACCUCUGUUAUCAGCUUGCAACCGAAGGAUAUUUGUUCGCCAACUGCACCUUGUCAGCAACUGAAACGAUCAGCG